UCUCCCGGAUUUUGAUUGUUUGGGCGCGAAUUGUUGCGAUCGCGACCUCCUAAAGAGAGCGGCGGAGAAUCAUUGACCCAUCAAGAUGCCUGGUAAAGCAAAUGCUUCCAAGAAAAAGUCUCAACAGUUAAAAAGAAACUCAAAAACAAAAGUUGGUGAGGAAGUGGAGUUAUCAGAGAAAAAGGUAAAAAACAAAGCAAAAAGAAAUAAAAUUCACUCAAAGCAUUUGUCUUCUGAAGGACAAAUGGAACAUAUUAAUCUAAAACAGAUAAAGAUAGCAUCCAACAAGAGAAAAACCUGGCAACCCCUUUCAAAGAAUAUCAGAGCCCAUUUACAAACUAUGAUGGAACCAGUAAUAAUAACAAUUUUAAGCAACAGCAGUAAAGAAAAAGAACAAAUUCAAUACCAUCUCAACUCAUUGAAGAAAAGAUUGCUACAACAGUGUGAAACUCUGAAAGUCCCUCCCAGAAAGCUGAACAGUUUAGCUAAUGUGUCAAAUCUACUGAACAUGGAACGAGCACAGGCCAGAGCUAAUGAAGAAGGUUUGACAUUAUUGCAGGAAGAGAUAGAUAAAAUAAUAGAAAAUGCAGAGUUGGUGACUGGAAAUAUUCAGAGCCUAAAGAAUAAAAUUCAAAUUCUGGCACAUGAGGUAGAAGAGGAGGAAGAGAAGAUGAAACAGGUGCUUCAAAUAGAUAGUAAUGGGGUCCUUUGUCUUCCAAAACUUUCUCAGAAAAGUCUCAAAGCCCCCAUGCUUCAGGAAGAAAUUUUGACACUAAUUCCAAACCAGAAUGCUCUUCUAAAGGAUUUGGAUGUUCUUCACAAUUCAUCCCAGAUGGAGAACAUGUCAAGGUUCAUUGAAGAAGCCUAUAAGAAACUAGAUGCCUUGUGA